AUGCUCCUUGGUAAAGAAGGCAUUGAUUUAAAUGCUAAAGAUCGUCAUGGCCAAACGCCACUAUGGUGGGCAGCUGCAAAUGGAAACAAAGCUAUUAUCCAACUUAUUAGUAACCAGACUGGCGUUGAUAUCAAUGCUAAGAAUUCGUUUAGCCAGGCGCCUUUACUAUGGGCAGCCCGCAAUGGGAAUGAAGCCAUAGUG